GGAGGAAGAAUGACUGCAGAAAGUUGCCGACAAACCACCUGUUCCGGGAGGAGAGUUUCUCUGGCAGGUUGGAGCGAAAAAAAAAAAAGAAAAAAAGAAAUCAAGAUUCAUUCAUCUGUUAGGGUGAAAUAAUUUAACAAACGGCAGCUGGUGAACGUGAACAACAAUGGACGAGUGUUGCUUGUCUCCUGAUGAAGAGGAUAGAUUGAGGAUACACAGAGAAAUAGAAAGACAACUUCGCCGGGAUAAAAGAGAGUCCCACCGGGAGCUCAAGCUGCUGCUUUUAGGGACUGGUGAAAGUGGGAAGAGCACCUUUAUCAAACAGAUGAGGAUCAUCCAUGGCACGGGAUACAGUGAUGCUGACAAGAAAGGCUUCACGCGGGUGGUGUUUCAGAACAUCGUGACAGCCAUCCAGGCGCUGAUCAGUGCCAUGAGCACUCUACAAAUUGACUAUGUUGACGACCAGAACAUUAGCCAUGCAGAGAAGCUGAGCCAAGUGGAUUCAACCCAGGUGUCUACUUUGGAGUCCUGGCAGGUGGACGCCAUUAAGAGAGUGUGGAAUGACCACGGUAUUCAAAAAUGCUACGACCGUAGAAGGGAGUACCAGUUGUCGGACUCUGCCAAAUAUUACCUCACUGACAUGGACAGGAUCGCAGACCCAGCGUACAUUCCCACCCUGCAGGACAUCUUGAGGGUCAGGGUUGCCACUACAGGCAUCAUAGAGUACCCAUUUGACCUGUCAAAAGUUCUCUUCAGGAUGGUGGAUGUGGGUGGCCAGCGCUCAGAAAGGAAGAAAUGGAUACACUGUUUUGAGAACGUCACCUCCAUCAUCUUCCUGGCGGCUCUCAGCGAGUUCGAUCAAGUCCUUUAUGAGAGUGAAAACGAUAACCGACUGGUUGAGAGCCUCGCUUUGUUUAAGACCAUCAUGUCAUGCCAGUGGUUUCAAGAGUCCUCCACCAUCAUCUUUCUGAACAAAACAGACCUGCUAGAGGAGAAAAUCACAAAGUCGCAUUUGGCAACCUACUUCCCAGAAUACACAGGACCUCAAGCUGAUGCUGAGUCAGCGAAGAAAUUCAUCCUGAGAAUGUACGUGGAUCGGCACAGCGGGCGCCAUAAACCUCUCUACUCACACUACACCUGCGCCACAGACACGGAGAACAUCCGCGUUGUCUUCAAAGCAGUCAGAGAUACACUCCUCAGAGAUAACCUCGAAAGGUUCAACCUCGAAUAAGCCUGCACAGAAUAAUUAUCUCACCCUCAGUAACACAAAUACUGGUUAGAAUCCAAUGUUGUAACAGCUUUAAAGACAAUUUGUCAGUUAAAUGAUGUUCAGAAACAUCAAAGUGAGAAAGUCAGACAGCACAGCCAGGUAAGACACAUUUACCUCAACUAUAUCAGACAGUAAGUGUCAUUUAAUUGCAAAUUAGGUGAUCAUAAAUUAUUAGUAGACAUGCUUCCUUUUGCUACUAAGGAAAAAUGGACAUCUGCAUUGUUAGUUUUGUAAAUGCUGACUGUUUUUGUAUGACAGUACUGUUUAAAUCAGCAGGCGGCAUCAGACUGGUAGAGGAACUAUCUAGAAAAAAUGUGACUCAGCCUGCUUUGCAGCUCCUUGAGGAGGAAGUAAAAAAAACACCCCGUCAGCAACUACAAUUCCUUUUUUUUCUCUUUUGUUAAAGUAAUUAUUACUAUUAUUAAAAUAUCAAAGGAUAUCAACGGGGAUUUACACAUCUGCAUUUUUAGAAAAUCUACAGAUUGCAACACAAUUCUUAGAGCUGAUAGUUUUCAUCCUCCUUGACUAGUAAAUAACAUUCCUUUUGGUAAGUUUAAGAGGCUGAAACAUAUAUGUGAUACAGAAGAAAAGUUUGAGAGAAAUGCACAAGACAUGAGUCAGAAAUUUAAGACAAGAUGAUAUCAACAAAAAACUGCUCAAAGCAUAUAAUAAAGCAAACAGUUGUUGGUUCCUAAACAGAAAGAUUGACCAAAUUCUAAAUAUAUUUUGUGACACAGUAUAGCAAUGAAGCAAAUCAAAUUAAACAAAUUGCCCCAAAAAAUUGGGACAUAUUGAAAAGUGAUAGUGUUCUUCAGGAAGCUCCCCCACAUAUUCACUGAUGAUUGGUUUUAAAAAAGCUCCAACCUUAAACGAUCAACUUGUUAAACGUCAUCUCAUCCUCGACAGGACAAAAAUCUUGGCUUUCAACCAAAAAAGGUAACCACAAGUGUAACCACUGCAGUAACAUAAGUGUCAACUACUUCACCAAUGUUUCAUCUGGUCGUAAGUUUGACAUAAAAUCAUUUAUUAAUUGCAAUUCCUCAUAUGUAUUCUAUAGACUCGAAAGUGCUUGUGGUUGUUUUUAUAUUAGGAGAACAAAGUGCAAACUGAAGGCAAGAUUGGCUGAACAUAAUAAGAACUGGCAACCCCCAAUAUCUUAUGGCUGUUUAUUAUAAAUAUGCUAAUCAUAGCAGUUGUAAUUCAUUGAAGAUAUCAGGUAUAGAGCAUACUGAAAACUCAGUCAGAGGUGGAGACAGGCUCAAAAAGACUCUACCAAAGAGAGUCCUUUUGGAUCUAUACAUUGAAAGCUGCACAUUACCCAGGUUUAAAUGGAGACCUAGAUUUUUCUUCCUUUUUGUAAUGGUUUUGCUGUUUAACUAAUAGCUCUGUGGUGUCUUAGAAAAAAGAAAAAAUAUCUCUGUCUACUUUUAAGAAGAUACACUUGUUGAUAUGUAUGUCUACAUAUAUGUUUCUUACAUCUUGUUUAAUUAUGCAGUGAAAAAUUGUGACUACCUACCUGCCCACACAGAGCGGCUGUCUUUGAUUGUCUAUUUAAACAUGAACUGAGCUGCCUGACAAACAUUUUGCCAUUUGCCCUGACAAAGGCCUUUUAGGCUGAAACGAUUUGGCAUGGCCAUGUUUUUAUUAGACUAGCCAUGAUACAAUAAAGGCUUUUUAUUCAUCA